GGUUUGCCUCGAAAGCUGGCGGGUGUGAUGAAACCUGCUCUCGUAGAGGAACGAAUCGAUGCGCUGAUGGUGUUGAUGGAAAUACGGAAUAAUCAGCUGUCUGUAAGACAAUCGGUGCGUUGGCAGUGGUCCCGCUCUGUUGCCACUUGAUUGGAUUCUAUCAGCUGUGCGAAUGAUCGAAACGUGCCACUUUCAUCAACUUUGAAUGCGGAUGCGAAUCAUCGUCAAAGUUCAUUUGCACGUCUCUUUUCAAACUAUUGCUAAUGGGCGAUUCGCUGCGAGGUGCAUAUCGGGAGGCCGUAAAACAAGUAGAGGAUCGAUGCGUCGAGCGAUCAUUUGGUUACCAUGGUGAUGUAUAAAAAAGGCAAAUGAUAAGAGAGCCAUUGGGAACGUUGACGAACACAUUUUCCUCGAGUUUUCUUAUUUCUUGAAACGACCAAAGUGCUGCCGUUCAUCUUGUCGAUCGUUUCGAGUCGUCUCACGUCCCGGCCGAGAACAAUUUCAUCUAUUUUGCAGCGAGAAAAAAAAAAAAAAAAAAAAACGAGAGCGGAAUGUCGUCGUCAUUGGUUGGCGUAAGACGAGAUGAGAUGAUAGACGAGCGUCGAUUGGCCACAAAAAAAAAAUGUAAUAAUAAUUACGACGUUGACGAAUUUGAUAUCAUCCCAGUUGUAUCUCAGAUGAUUUGCCCCAGUUUCUUGGGUUCCAGUUGUCCCGCGGAAUUUUUCAUUCAUCCUCUCUUGAGUCUUGAUUGAUUUUAUCUAAUAAUUUUAUAAUUUUCGUUUAUCGUUUAUCGUUUUCUGUUUUUUUUUUUAUCUGUAUUUUUUGUAUUUAUUGUGUUUUAUUUUUUUUAAAUGGGGGGGUAUCGGUCUUAUAGAUCGAUUCAGUUUUCUUGGCCGAUAAUUUCGUGAUAAUCAAACGACCACCAAUGAAAACCACGCAAGUCGUGAGAAAUCCGACCGCAUUGCAUCGGAAAUGCUUCGUCUCGUCGUUCCCGCCCGUCCGGCACAAUCUCUCGUUUCCGUACGGUGGUGGCGUCGUCGUCGUCGUCUCGGAACCGAAAAACCCCAAAAAAAGACAAAAGAACAAAAAAACCAAAAAAAACAAGAAAAAGAGAACCACAAAUUCUUCGAUACUUUUGCUUGCGCUCCGCAUUCGACAACAUUUCAGAUCUAUGUGGCAACGUUGCGCCGUGUUACUGCCCACUUUUACACCACCCGUUCUAGUUCUAACGUCACCUCCCACCGCCUCUUCCAUGUUGUAAAAAGUCGUGUCUGUGUGUGCGUUGUCUCCAGGCAAGCGCGAGAGACUCUGUGUAGGGACAGGAAGAAGGAGAGAGAGAGAGAGAGAGAGAGAGAGAGAACGAAAGAGAGAGAGAAAGAAAGAAAGAAAGAGAAAAAGAAACAGAAAGAAGAUAGAUAAAUAGAUAGACAGAUAUAUAUAUGUAUGUAUAUAUAUAUAUAUAGUCAAGACUAGGGAGGGAAGGCUGGAAAGGAGGUAAGAAAGAGAGGUGGAAGGAAAAGUGAGAGAAAGAAGGAAGAUAGAUAGAAAAUGGAGGACGCGAGUUGCACAGGCGAGCCAGCCUUUGCGUUAGAGCAGCAGUGGCUAUGUUGGGUCCCUUCGAUACGACGUGGAUCUUCGGCAGCUUGAAUGUUUUUGCUCGUCUCCAACAAUAUCACGACGACGUCGUCUGUGACCGACUAAAAAGUGCCUCUAUUGUGUCGUUCAUCUUUAAAAACAUUGUCUUUUGCCACUCUCUGCCUCUGUGUGACCCUGUCUAAUCGCCAUUUUCCAAAGACGGAGAAUGUUGCCGUUGUUGUUGCCGUCCAGCAGCAGCUACCGACCGGUAUGACGACUUGAUCGUGUUUUAAAACACAGUUCUUCAAGUGUGUUUGUGGGUGUGUGUGCGCUUUUCUGGCGAAACGAAACAACAGCAACACGUUUGACGACAUACGGCCCAGCGCAAAAGAAGAAGAAGAAGAAACAAAAAUUUUGAAAAAAAAAAAGCCUCCGGUGCGAACAACUAGACAUCGCAAAAGCCGCGUGUGUCUCUGAGUGUGUGUGUGUGUGCGUGCGUUUCAUCUCACUUUUUUUUUUUUUACCUCUUCAAAGUCGUCGCUGUGAUGUGCAGUGCUUGGUUAUGCUGACGGAUACCGCAUUCCUGGAUGAUGCACAGAGUUUGGGUGCAAUUCCAUGCGAGUCACUAUCGUCCGAGCCGUGCUGGGCCAACAUGAAUACGCUCAGCAGCGGCGGCGGAGGUGGUGGCGGCAGCGGUGGUAGCAGCAAUAGCAACAGCCCAGGUCUCGGCAGCAACAACAACAAUCAUACGACGUCGUCGGCCUCACCGACGACGACGACGACGACCGGCAACAGCAACAGCAGCGGCGGUGGCGCUGGCGGCAGCAACGGCCUCACCGGCACCUCGGCGGCCGCCAUCAAAAAGCGACGCAAAUCCGACACGAAGCCGCUGUCGCAAAUCAACAAGUGUCUCAACGAAAAAAGACGUCGCGAACAGGAAAACGUCUACAUUGAAGAGUUGGCUGAAUUGAUUUCGGUGAGCAUUGCCGACGUGAACUCGCUGUCUGUGAAACCGGACAAGUGCGCCAUUUUACAAGAGACGGUCAAUCAGAUCCGAAAGAUCCGUGAACAGGAAGAAGACGGACGAAGUUCGAGUAGCAGUAGUAGCAGCAGCAGCAGCACCAGUUCGAAUGGUAGUAGCACCAACAGUUCUGGCACGAGUUCAGCCAAUAGCGGAACAGGAGGAGCCGUAGGAGCUGUAGGAGCAGGAGGAGCAGGAGGAGCCGUAGGAGCCGUAGGAGCCGUAGGAGGAGGUGGACAGGGCAACAACACGACGUCGCCCGGCGGAGUGACUGAUGGCGGCGUCGGGCCGCUGCUCCAACAGGGCGACGUUUCAUCAUCGAAACCGGCCCUGCUAGACACGCAACUUUUGGGUACGUUCCUGCUCGAAGCCCUUGACGGCUUCCUGUUUGUCGUCAACACGGAAGGGAAAACGGAGUAUGUCUCUGAAAAUGUCGCCCAUUUUCUACACUACCAACCGCAAGAUCUCGUCGGCAAAUCCAUCUACAAUUUUAUCCACCACGGAGAUCACGCCCGUUUUUCGUCGUCGCUCUUACCCACGGCCAUCGCGUGGCCGAGUGAAAUGGCACCAACGUCUCAGAACAGGAUAGGUCGCUGUUUCAAUUGCCGAUUACUGAUCCAGCCGCUUGGCGAGCAAGACGAAACGAUGGAGGAGAAGCAGCAGCGAGUCGAACACUAUGAGAACAUGCAAAUAUCUGCCGUUCUCCAGCCGUAUCCAGCGGACGGUGGCCAGCAGCAGCAGCAGCCAACAAAGAAAAUCAGCGGGGCAGCGGCAGCUGCGGCCGCAGCCGCAGCCGCCGUCGGCUUGGAGACGUCCGAUUUGGAACUGGCGCUGACGUCUGUGGCUAGCGGCUCGCUCGCAGGUGAUCCGCAGCACUGCCUCGUGUGCGUAGCCAGGCGCAUUCCGUCGACGGAGAAAAUGGCUGCCGCCAACCCGACGGUUGGAGGUCCAAUCGUGGAACAGUUCACCACCAAAUUGGACCCGAGUGGCAAGAUAGUAGCCGUCGAUGUGACGGGCGUUUCUUCGCCCUACAGUUCCUACUUGAGCAAAGAGGCGCUCGUCUCGUGUACGAUCCAGGAGCUCUGCUACCCCGACGAUUUGCCCGUUUUCCAGGCGCAUCUACAGGAAACGCUGCAUUCCGGCUGCGGCAUCAGCUCCAGAUAUCGGCUCAGAUUGACCGGCGCCUCCACCCCGAUGGGUCACCGUGGUGGCGCCGGCGGAGGCAGCGGAGGCUUUCUCGUCGUUCAAACCAAGUCGAAACGUUUCAUUCACGGUGACACGCACGAGACGGACUUUAUCAUGGCCACGCAUUCCAUCAUCGUCGAUGACGACGGUGAAGAUGUCGACACUGGCAACAGCAGCAGCAGCAACACCAACACCAACACCAGCCGAAUGAUGUUGUUGGCGGCCGCGAGCGACACGCUCAACGACCAUCACCGUCUAUCGGAAUCGACGGGCAGUAUCAUCAGUCAGCCGCAGCAACAGCAGCAACAGCAGCAGCAGCAGCAGCAGCAGCAGCAGAGCAACCCGGUGCUCACCAGCGUCGUCCGCCACGAUGUGAUAUCAGCCACCAGUUUCGGCAACAGCGGCUGCAGUGGUGGCGCCACGACGGCAACCACUUCCUCCACCUCCUCCUCCUCCUACUCCAGUACCUUCGCCGGACUCAGUCUGGGAACGAGCGGCGAUCUUCUCAAUGACUUUGUCGUGCCCGACUUGUUCAUGGCUUCACCGCCCUGGGAUUUCAAUAACAGCGAGUCGAGCCUGGACGACGGCGGCAGCGGCGUCGCGCUGGCCGCCGCCUCGGCUGCCGCUUCGGCCGCUGUUGCCGCCGCUGCUCAAAUCACCAACAGUCACCACUUGCAGGCCGUCACGGCCACGUCCAGCCUGCAGCUCUCGGUUCCGUCGCCUCUCUCCCUCAUCCCGUCGGGCGGUCCUCUCUUGGCCGGCCACCUACCCCAUCAUUCUGUUGGCGGAAUGAUCAACUGGGGCAGCCCUCCGCCGUCGGCCGGUGCCGGGGGAGUAGGACAACGAGCCGGCUCGACACCGUGCGGACAAAUGGCGACCGUCAUGGGCUCGUCGAGGCCCAGCUCGAGACAAAGCGCCUCGUCGACACCGCGACCGCCCAGCGUGUCUUCAGCCUUCAGUCCGGCUCCCAAUUCCGUCCUGGGCGUCGUUCAUCCGUCACCCGUGCUCAGUCCAGUCGGCGCCACCAGCAUCCAUUCAGCCGCAAUGUCUUGCACCAGCGGUUUGGUCACUGGCUCCACGUCGUCGUCAUCGGCUGGCCAGCAACAACCCAGUCCGGCCAGUAUGACGACACCCUUUAGCAACAAUUUCCCGUUCAGUCCACUCCAAGAUCCCAUUCCUCAGCAUCCGGCAACGGCUCCGCAGACCCAUAAUCCGGCCACCCCUUUCCUGGACGAAGUCCGUGACACCAAGGACGGAAUCAUCUCGUCCGGCCCUGGUGGUAGUGUUAGCCACGGUCACAACUACCUGUCUGGUGGAUCUCACCACCAGCAGCAGCAUCAUCAUCAUCAUCAACAACAACAACAGCAACAACAACAGCAACAACACGCGACCGACAAACAAAUGAGCGCUCUCAGUAGUUUAUUGAACUGUAACGACGCUGCCACAUCAUCGUCGUCGUCUUCGUCGUCCUCUUCGUCUUCUUCAUCUUCUUCCUCGUUGGCCGAAUCUGGCCGGUUACGCAUUUUGCUCAUGCAAAGACCGGGCAACGCUCCGCCACCCUCAGCCCAUCAGCAGCCAGGUCAUUCUAGCAGUGGUAGUAGUAGUAGUAGUAGUAGUACAAGUACAAGUACAAGUACAAGUACAAGUACAAGUACAAAUACAAAUACAAAUACUAAUAGUAGCAACAACAAUAACAACAACAACAACAACGCUAGCGGCAACAACAACAGCAGUAGUGUCAACGGGAGCCAUCUGUUGGCGGCUUUGGGCGACGCUGAGGCCGUCAAACGCGAAAAAGAUGAAAAUAGCGGUGCGCCCUCUUGUGGCUCGUUGAGCGUCACCAAAGGCAGUCACGGCAACCGCAUUCUCAAAGGGUUGCUGAACCAGGACGAUGGCGAUGAAGCUGAUCAAGCGGACGAUACGAGCAAUCAUCGCUUCUUGUUGACGGCCAGAGGCAACCUUUCUGGAGACGGAGUCAAGACCAGUAGUAGCGCGGGCAACAACAACAACAACACCACCAACACCAACAACAAUAACACCAACAACAACAACAACAUGCUGCACAAAUUGUUGAAUGUGCGGAGCGACGACGAUGCCGAGCAGCGGAUGGGUCUGCGCAAGCCCAACGAAUUGCUCAAGAAACUUCUCAAGGACCCCGAAGAGGAUCACCAACAGGCAAGUGGAAACGGCAGCAGCAGUGCCUGUGGCGGCACCGGAAGCGGUGGCACGGCCAACCAGCUCCAACAAUUUCACCACCAACGUCAACAGCAGCAGCAGCAACAACAGCAACACCAGCAACACCAGCAACACCAGCAACACCAACAAAGUCAGCAGCAACAGCAACAGAAUCAACAUCAUCAUUCAGAUCAGGUGUCGUUCCAGGAAGAGCAAUUACUGAAAUCGUUUGGUUUCCCAUCACCGACAGCCUCGUCAGGUUCGUCUACGGCAGCAACGGUUGCAACGGGAUCUUUGGCCAACAUGUUGGCUACCAGUCAAAUGACUCAUCUCAGAUCUCCUCAACCGCCAGGCAUGUCGAGCCAUUGCGACGGAUUGUUGGAGUUUGGCGGAGUUGUUUGUAGCAGUACGACCGCCAGUGGCAUGGUGUUUGGUGGCAAUGCUGCCGUUGGUGGAGCUAGUGGGAUGCGGGGCACGAAAAGGCACAGCGAAGAAGCUCGUGACGAGGUGAAAGCCAGCAAAGAGCCCAUGCUGAGCGCCGACCACCUGAUGAUGUCCGCAGGCGGAGGCGGGGUCUUGCACCAGCUGUUGGGUCCUCCGCCACUGUCGACGGCGUCGACGUCAUCCUCUUCUUCCGCAUCUUCCUCGUCUGCCUGCUCUUCUUCGGCUGCGUUGUCUUCGUCGUUGGCGCCAUCGAAUGCGCACAGUGUUGCAGCCACGACUCUUGCGAUAGCCGCGUUGCAACAUCAACCUCUUUCGUCGCCAUCGACAGCAGCUGCCGUCGCGGCCGCCACGUCGGCCGUGGCUGCGGCCGCAGCUACGGCCAACGCGAUGGCUUCUCAAUUGCAAGCAGCGCCUAGUGCCCAGUCAGCCGCCGCUGCCGUUGCUGCUGCCGCCGCCGCCGCCGCCGCCGCCGCCGCUGCUGCUGCUGCCAAUCUGCCGGCCAGCAGUAAAUUGUGCGAAAAAAAUAAGAUGUUGGCUUCGUUAUUGGCCAAGACGCCCGUGAUGCCGUCGCCGUCGUCGACCAAUAUUGCCUCGCCCAAACCGUCAGCGUUGCCUCAGGAGAAAUUGCCUAAGGAUUUGAAGGAGAAAAUCCUUCAGACGCCGCCAGUCAGUGGAACGUCGGCUCCGGGCGCCCAUUGGGCUGGAGGCUCGGUGCAAACCCAGCCCCCGACGACUAUGCAAUUGCCCCCGCAUCCGGCGAUCCAACAACCUCAGCAACAGCAACAACACGUUUUAAACCAGCAACAACAGCAGCAGCAACAGCAGCAGCAGCAGCAGCAACAGCAACAGCAACAGCAACAGCAACAGCAGCAACAGCAACGACAUCCGGCCAUGCAACAAUCACAGCAGCAUCAGUUACACCCUCGAUCUCAGCAUCUUCCACAACAACAUCAGCAUUUGAACCUCGGUCAGAAGCAACAGCAGCAACCAACUCCUCAAACCGGUGGAUUCUUGAAUUCUCUCCUGAACCGGCCCAUAGAUUCCGCCUCGGGUCCCAAUAUUAUCGGAGAGUCUCAACAACAGGCCAAUCAGCAGCAGCAGCAGCAGCAACAACAACAACAACAACUAUAUUUAGCUGCUCAACAGCCUCCGCCUGUCCAACUUCAGCAUCGACCCAAUCAGACGGUACAGAAAUUGUCGCUCAACAACCAACAACAGCUUUCGGCGGCUAUGAACUCGUCUGGUGGUUUCAACAUUUCUCUUCAUCCUCAACAACACCAGCAGCAGCAGCAGCAGCAUCAUCACCACCUUCAACAGCAGCAGCAGCAACAACAACAACACCAUCAGCAGCAGCAGCAGCAGCAGCAGCAACAACAACAACAACAACAACAACAACAACAACAGCAUCAUCAACUGCAGCAUCAACUCUCUGGUUCUAUGCUGGCCGAUCGUGGCCUUUUGCAAGCUGGCGGAGGACCGGGCCAACGAUCCGGCAUGUCGAUCCAGCCGCAACAGCAGACGUCGCAUGCCAAUUCCAUGAUGGCAGCCGCCAGUUUGGAAAGCAGCGAUGGCAGCUACAGCGUUCACGCCGACUUUAUGACUCCGCUGGACGUCCAAAUGGCUUCUGUGGCCGGCUGGGGUGACACGCCUUCCAUGGAUCCGGAGCUUUCCGACAUCAUUGAGCAGGUCAUCGACAUGGAUGAGCGCUACGAGAGCGAUUCGAUGAUUUUCGGCGAAUUGACAUCGGUCACGCCACCGCCAGUCGCCAUCCAGCCCGUCCUGUCCGUUCAGUCGUCGCAAGCGAUCGCUUCGGUGGCUCAAGCGACUGCCAUUGUCGGCCCACUAGGCCCGCACCUUCAAAUGGACAUGUCGAAAGAGAAACUGGCCAUCACGGCCAUUCAAAAGUCGCUCAUGUCCUACGAGAAGAUUCCCACCGUAGCUCAAAGUCCUCCGGCCUACAAUCUGCCCGGCUACGCACAACAGGGUCAAGGAGCACCGACGAGAAUGUCCACUCCAACUUACGGCAUGAAUUCAGCACCGGCCAGUUCAUUGCCCAUGGCGAAUCAACAACUGCAAACCAACUUGACGAUGCCGGGAGCUAGAAAACAGAAAUUACCCGUUCAGCAAAGACGACUGGCUAAUAGACAACAGCAACAGCAGCAGCAGCAACAGCAGCAGCAGCAACAGCAGCAGCAACAGCAACAGCAACAGCAGCAGCAGCAGUCAUCGUCGCAAGAACAACAACAACAACAACAACAACCAGCUCCUCAGCAGCAGCUACUAGGCGUCUUGCUGAAUGAAUCGUCUGUACAACACACCCAAGGGGCACAGCUCUCACCCGGAGCCUUGCAAAUUAUGGAUGACCUACUUAACGCGAUCCCACCCAACAUGACGAUAUCCAGGUCGGAUUCGCAAGUCUCGCCCAACUAUGGUUCGGUGAUGUUGAGCAGUCCGCUCGGUAGUGGGCCACUGUCAUCGCAAAUCUCGCCCGGUCAGCGCCCAAUGCAGCCACCUUUUUCGCCCCACGGUCCGAUGAGUGCGGCCAAUGGUGGCAACUACAAUCAAAACCCUCAGGCACAAAUGGCCAAUAACAGCAGCAGCAACAACUAUGCGCCUGGAGGGCCUUCGUCUCGCUUGUCGCCAUUUAGUUCAGCUCAAGUCUCACCCCGUAUAGGGGCCCCUUCUCAAGGCUUUCAACAGCAACAACAGCAACAACAGCAACAACAACAGCAUGGAGCCCAAUUAUCUCCACAGCCAGGAGUCGGAGCCAGAUCCAGUCCCGGCAUCAGCUUGCAAGGUCAACCCAGUCCCGGUGUGGCGGUCGGCCCGUGGAACAACAACGUGCCCAAUCGGCCUAAUCUUCAGCCUCAGAGACAGCAACAGCAACAGCAACAGCAACAGCCUCAGCAGCAGCAAAAACAACAACAACAACAACAACAGCAGCAACCGCCUCAACCUCAACCUCAACAGCAACAUUUGCUGGGCUACGGUCAAGGCAUUCGCAGCGGCUACGCUCCUCGACCUGCCAUCAGAUCGUUGGCCAAUUCAGGUCCGCCCAAUUGUGUUGGUCCACCAGGUCCUAGUAGUGGCAACAGCAACAGACAGAGCUACAAUAACAAUGGCAUAUCAGACAAUCCAGCCGGUCCAAAUCCUUCGAACGGCAUAUUUGUGCGUCAACAGCAACAACAACAACAGCAGCAGCAGCAGCAGCAGCAGCAGCAGCAGCAGUUGAGAUUGCAGCGAACUGUGAGCGCACCUAGUGGGGUUAUUCCAGCCUUGUCUAUUGGCGGUGGAUUGAGUCACAAUGCGAGCAGCUGCGUUACCAACGCGUCGGUGGGCUCCUUCCGACAGCAUUGCAGGGAGGAUGUGUCCACCACCUCCCUCCAUCCAAGCGCUCCGUCUGCCCUCAUCCACCACCAUCCGCCCCAACCUAACCAACCACCACCACCACCUCCUCCUCCUCCUCCUGCUCCUCCUGCUCCUCCUGCUCCUCCUGCUCCUCCUUCCAAUUCUUCUUCAUCUUCACCCUAUCCUUCUUCCCAACAGUCACCUCAUCCCUCCUCUCCCGGCUACCAUUUAGGAAUGGGCAACGCAGGUCAGUUGUACCAGCACCAGGGCGUUGGUGGUGGUGGGAAUGGCGGCAGUGGCGGUAGUGGCAGCCGCGGUAGCGCUUCGUCGGCCGCUGCGGCUUCCGUCUACAGUGCCAAAGUAUUGGCUUUCCAGCAAGGCUCGAAUAGAUUAGCACCUCCGACGUCACUGGGCCAUCCGUCCGGCAGUCAGUCGAGUCGGCCGUCAUCCGCCGAUGAUGCAGUCGAGUCUUUCUUCCAUUUCGAUUCUAUUUCUUCCCACCAAACCUGUCAACAUUCACAUCACCUGCCCUUCCCUCCGCAAGGCCCUUUGCAUCCUUCUGAGCUGCAGCUGGCCGGUGCUGGUGGUGGCCCGGUUCAAGUUGUUGGGCGAAACGAUGGCGGCAACAGUGGCGGAGGACCCGCAAUGGCAUCGGAAUACGUUCGCAAAGAACUGAAGGCAGUGGUUGGAGCACGAACAAUCCAAAGAGGUUUGUCUGGCCCGAUUGGAAACUUAAAUCAAAAUCUCGGGUCGGGUCCGAUGAACCACAGCUCACCACCCAUGAUGGUGCCUGGUGGUAAGCCACUCAAUCAAGCAGAUCUUGAAGCCCUCGGUCUUAGUUACGAAUUGCCGCAAGGAAAUGAUGGAUUACAUGGAAGAAUUUGGGAUAGCCCCAACAUGGGAGAGUCGCCCUCGCAGACGAUGCCGUCUGUCAGAAACACGAUGGAAGAAGCUCCACGGCCAGCCGAUCCUCAAAUGUCUCUUCUCAAGCAGUUGCUCUCGGAGUGAUUUGACAAGUUCGCUCGUGUGUUUCCUUGCCAACCUGGAAGCCAACGUGUCACUCUUGCCCAAAAAGUCCUCCCUCUUCCCUGUCUCCCCCGCAAUCCACAUUUCGUUCACGGACCGUGUGGCCUUAAUUAUUCAAAUAUGGAGUCCUCCGUCUCGGUGUUUCGCCCCUCAGGGUAUGGGAUUCGUAUUACCAAGCAACAGCGAAAUGUUGACACAAGAAAAGGAUAUCUUGUGCUUUGCUCUGGUAUGGCAAACGAGUUGGAGAAAGACAAGGAAAUGAGAAGACGGUACACGUGAUAUAGCCGAUUUAUUUAGAUUUUGCGAACCAUAACCUUAUCCGUCCGCAGAUUUUACGAAAGAAAAAUUAAAAUUUCCAACCAUGGGUCGAAACAAAUGGGUGCCUAGCUCUUGGCUUUUAUAAAUUCAUUUCUUGUCUUCUGGGACUAGAAAUAGCGUAGUUUCAACUCAAAUUCUUUUUUUUGUCGCCCCAGCCAAAUUUCUUCUUUGGGUCGUCAGCCGUUGUUCUGUUAUUAUUAUUUACGUAUAUAUAUAUAUAUUUUUUUUUUAUUAUUAUUUUUUUUUCCGUUGUGCUCUUCGUUUCGAGAACAAUACUCUUCUUAUCACUAGGCGAAGCUGUUUGUAGUACAAUCGCCACCCGAUAGCGACUUGAAAACCGAAUGUCUGGGUUGGUUGCAAUAGCCUAUGCCGAAAUCUUUCGUUUGGGCUCCUUCCAAUUUUCCUUCUUUCCCUUUUCCAUUUCUUUCGACUAGCCACAAGUGGGUUUUAUCGACUCUUUCCUUGUCCCAUGUUAAUUUCUCGGUCCUAAAACAAACAAAGAAACAAAAAAACAAAAAAACAAAACAAAAAACGAAAAAAAAAAAGAAAAUAAUAAUAAAGGAAAGAGGGAGAAGUUGAGCUGAAUGGUUGUGAAAAAAAGAAGUUGAGGGUGAGAUAGUAAUUACCAGCAGAGAAAGAAAAGAAAGAGCAACAACAACAUCAACCCUAACAUCAUGAGUCACACAGCAACGAGUGAAAGCAAGAGUAUCCAGAAAAGUAUCAGCUAAAGCAUCAACGGCGACAGUGGCAACAAGAGCAGUUGCUAUUUUCUGCAUCUGCGUCGCUGCUUGUGAACACUGCGAGGGUUGAGCAUUAUGCCAGGUCUUUUCCUUUCUUUCUGUGUUACAUUAUUUGUUUCCUGAGGUCCCUACAAGCCCUUUUUUCUCUUUAUUUGAGGGAUUGUCACCUUUUUCAUACCAAAGUUUAUACAUUAUAAUGUCGUUGUUGCAACCCCACAUAACUAUCAUAAGAAGAGUUUGUCACGUAAUUUUACUCUGUAAUUUUUCUCGCGUGAUCUUGUAUUUGUAGCUAUAGCCGCUAAGAUGGUGAGGAACUAUGGGACUGGUUUAGCACUGCUUUUUCAUUUGUAUAUUUGUUUACUUUGGUGGAGGAGGGAACGUGAUAAAACGAGGAAAUGAAAAUGUUUGUGAGAAAUCUGGGUCGGCCGCGCCCGGAUAAUGGCUCCCUCAAUUGGAGACACCUACGACUCACUGCAAAUUCUGUAAUUUGUGUCCCUCAACUGUUUACCUGUUUUCUUAAUCCUUCGAAUCGAGUAUCGAAUUGUAAAUAUUUAUAUGUUUCAAUUAUUUGUGAAAAUACGAUUGCCCGUUAUUCAACAA